AUGGCUUCCAUAACACCCUCUACACUAAAAACCGUCGCUAAAGAGAUAGUUACUGAGUUCGGAACAUUCAUCCGUAUCUUUAGCGACGGUUCAAUAGAAAGACCAUUACAAUCUCCUUUUGUCCCUCCAAUUCUCAAUGACCCUAAGACAGGACAUUCAUCCAAAGACAUCAUAAUCCCACACAACCCCACAAUUUCAUCUCGAAUCUACCUUCCAAAAAUCACAAACCCAUCUUCCAAAUUUCCAAUCUUGGUCUAUUUUCACGGCGGCGCUUUCCUCUUCGAAUCUGCAUUUUCUCAACUCUACCAUCAACAUUUGAAAACCUUAGCAUCACAAGCAAACAUUAUAAUAUUGUCGGUAGAGGUUUUCAUUGGUGGUGAUAGUGCUGGUGGUAACAUUACUCAUAACAUUGCAAUUCAAGCUGGAGCUGAAGCAUUACCUUGUGAUGUUAAAAUAUUAGGAGCUAUAAUGAUUCAUCCUUAUUUUAAUAGCUCUUAUCCAAUUGGGUCAGAACCUGUCAUAGAGCCUGAGAAUAAUCUUUUUCAUCAAGUUUGGCAUUUGUGUUACCCAAAUUCACCUCAUGGAAUUGAUAACCCUUUGGUGAAUCCUUUGGGAGAAGGUGCACCUAGCUUGGAAAAACUUGGUUGUUCUAGAAUUCUUAUUUGUGUUGCUGAAAGAGAUAAGUUAAGAGAUAGAGGAGUUUGGUAUUGGGAGAAUGUGAAGAAAAGUGGGUGGAAUGGGAGAUUGGAAUUGUUUGAAGAGAAAGAUGAGAAUCAUGUUUAUCAUUUGUUCAAACCAGAAUCUGAGAGUGCAAACACAUUUAUACAGCGAUUGGUUACUUUUGUACAAGAGUGA